GAGGUCAAAACAGAACAGUAAACGGAAUUCGAAACAGUCUGUUGCGGUGUGUGGUGGUUUGCAACGAACUUUUGUGAAACUUUUAAAAUUAAUUUUUAAACCCGGAAAUGGACAGCUUCCAGCAAUCGGAGCGCAUCAAGGAGCUACAGGACCAUGUGGUCACGCUUCGGCACGACAUGUCCGUUUGCUACAAGCGGAUGCUGAUGAAGGAGUGCCAAGUAAUUGCGAAUAAUCUGGCAGAAGCCAAAGUCAACUUCCCACGUCAGAACCUGGACCAGCUGCAGAACAUCCGACCGGCCGAUCUGAGCCGUGCGACGCAAUCCAUCCGGACCAACCCACCGAUGCACGAAAUCCUCAACCAGGCCCGCCAGCUGCAACGCUUCCAGCAGAUAGACAGAAAGAAACACUAAAUUUAAUGGUUUGUCAUGCUAAUUGUAUUGAUUUCAAUCAUUCUCCAAGCUCAAAAUGUUGUGCAACUCGUUGUAAAUCAUCUCCAAACAGUCGACGCGAGGGUUUAAGUGCUAGAAAUAGAGUUCGAUUAAAUUGCUUCAGUUAUGUUGAACGCAGAAUUAAACUCUUACCUUGAGCAGCGUCACGAUCGGUUGAUUCUUAAAUAAAUUUCCUUUGGUUAAAACUGACAAACUAAAGACUACCUUAAGCUGAAAUCAAAAACAUACAUUUAUUUAAUUCAAAAAUUAGAGAAAUCUAAACUUACAUUAUGAAAAACUUCGUUGAUGACAACAUCGUGAAUGUGUUUGAUUGGAAUCAGUACGUUUUUGGCUCCCCCACCAAUGAAAUGAGUAGAAUACUGCAGGGCAAAGUCUUUGACUAGAACUAAGUUUUCUGAAAUAAAAUAAAUAAUUUAAACACC